AUGCAGGCGACAAUCGGUGACAAUAUCACGCUAGAAACGCCAGAGCCAAAGAAGAGGAGGCAAAGCGCACAGGACAGCUCACCAAGACGACGCAGCGAACCGAAAAUCACCUUGCCGGCGUUGAGUGAUUUCGCCAGAUCACAUGUCGCUAACUGGUCUCCGCCCGUACCAGUAACGCCCGAAUCGGAAGCGUUACGAAGCCUGAAGAAGGAAUGGAGACGCCAAUCCCGCGAUGAGCCUGUGUACGAUGGGCCGAAAACUGAGAAGCAACUUAUGAUUGUGGAUCUGCAAGACUACGAGAUCUAUCGAACACCAGAGAGCGAGUGUAGGGCCUAUGAGCUGACGAGCCUGCACUACCUGGAAGUUUCGAUUGCGAAGAAGUUAUGCUUUGAUGGUUUCAUCUGCGUGGGGUCGACCAAACACUACGUGCAUGCAAUACCAAUUCAGGAUAGCUCUGUCGAAGGCUACGGCGACGAUGAGAACUCUGGUGUCACUACUUACGUACAGUCCACGUUCGCAAGUAAAGACAAACACUACGAUAUCUGGUACAGACUUGCGAAGCCCGCUCCAGGCUACAAAGAGUUCCAGAAAUCGUUCCUCUGGGUAGCGCAACUAGGGAAGCACAUCAUCGACUACGUGGAUAACCAACCGGUGGGAUCAGUCGCGCUCAACGACUUCCGCGAAGACUUCUAUGACUGGCUCUCGCCCCGUUUUGGUCAUUGCGCCGACUUCCAGCAAUGGCAUACUGCGUUUAGACAUCAAACUGACUUUCGCGUCGCUGUGCAUGCGUACAUCGAGUACUUCUACAACCAGGCCUUCAACCUUCCAAAUUCAAAACAGCUACUUGCUCAUCCCCUCUGGAGCGAGUGUAUGGCUAAAGGGUUAACAGCGGUGAAGGCGCAGAAGAAAAUCGUUGAGCACACUAUUGCUACACCAGAGGUAUACGAUUGCUUCAAGCACAUGUACUUUGGUGAGCAAAUCCAGGCAAAACGGCCUAUCGACACGGUCAAAAUUACACAGGAACGCAGGAAACGGAGGCUUGGGUUUGCGCAGAGUUUCUGGGCACGGCAACCGACUACUCCGCGACGGAAUGUAUGUCAACCCUAUGGUAACUCACCAGUGAAGGUUGGCGACGUCGUUGCCUUAAUCCCCGACGAGGCAGACGCAACCGUUUGGCGCAACACGACCUGGGAGUGGCUCGCAUACGUCCAGGGUACCGAGUCCUUGAAGGACAGAACGCAGAGGUUGUUCGUGCUAUGGAUUUAUCGACACCAUGAGACCAACAUCUUCAAGGCGGAAUAUCCAUACACGAACGAAGUCUUCUUAUCCGACAACUGUAAUUGCUCUGAAGGAGAGCUGUUGUCUACGGACAUCAAGGGAAGAUACGAUGUGGACUGGGCACCUUCCACUAUCGACGCUGAGCGAUUUUUCGUCCGUCAAACCUACGUCACUCAAGACAGCGCGUUUGUCAGUCUCCGAUCUUCACACAAGACUUGCACGUGUCGGAAGGAAAAGCGCACACCCGUCGAUGAUUACGGUCGAGGCGACACGGUAUAUCUAUCAAGGACCCGAAACGGAGACAAGUUUCUGGAUCCUGUCGUCUUUCAACACAUUGACCGCGUCAAGGGGAUUGUUAGAGUACGUAGGCUGUUACGACUGGAACGCGACUGCGGAGAACUAGCAGCCAAAGCUCGGCGCUCGAAUCUCUUGGCCAACGAACUUGUCCUUACGGACGAAUACGAAGACGUGUCCAUGUCCCGCAUCCAGAGGCGCUGUCAUGUCAAGUUCGUGAGCAAGUCUGACAUCCAGGACGGACAGAUACCUUUCACGUACAAUCGUGGCGGUGCUGGUGAUCUCUGGUUUUUGUCUAUGGGAUUGACUGGCGUGGAAGGCGAUCAGAAACUCAUCUUUCUGCGGAAUCUUCCGAAGACAUUCAAUGAGGGCCCUGACAUGGCUUCUGCUACAUCAUUGAGAGGAAUGAGUAUCUUCAGUGGCGGUGGCUCGCUUGAUCGAGGCCUUGAAGAAGGUGGAGCAGUUACCUUCCACUCCGCUGUCGACUUCAGUCCCCAUGCCAUCCACACUCAGCGAGCUAACUCGAAGAGCCCGGAGACGAUGCAUCUGUUCUGUGGCUCCGUCGAUGAUCACUUUGACGCAGCUCUCAAGGGUAAUAAACCUGACCUUGUCCCUCGGGUCGGAGAAGUCGACUUCCUUGCUGCUGGAUCGCCAUGUCCUGGGUUCUCAGCUCUUCAGCACAAUAUUCUCAGUCCGCAGUCCUUGAAGAAUGCGUCACAUAUUAGCACCUUCUGCUCGUAUGUAGAUCUAUACCGCCCUUUGUACGGUAUACUCGAAAACGUCGUCAACAUGGCCUCAACACGGACUGGAUUCGAAGAUCAGAACGUGUUAUCUCAGGUGGUUGCUUCUCUAGUCUCGAUGGGAUACCAAUGUAAUCAGUACAUCAUGGAUGCUUGGAGUUACGGCAGCGCGCAACAGCGUUCACGCCUGAUCCUCACCAUAGCUGCACCCGGACUUGAGCCAAUUGCCCAACCUUGGCACACCCACGCGCGGCCUUACGAGGAGACGGCGGGACGAAGCUUAGGUUAUUUACCCAACGGACAGAAAUUUGGUGAACGCGAGCACUACCCAACGCCUUUUCCAUAUGUACCAGCGGUGUCCGUCGAUGCGGGAUUGCCCGACAUUGGCAACGGUAUCGUACAGACUUGUAUUCCGUUCCCAGACCACCGCUUAGGCCAGUUACCAACGCGCAAGCAACGUGCACUGGUCAGAUGCAUUCCACGGCAGCCUCCAGGUUGUGGCUACAAAGAAGCGGACCAACUUGGUCUUAUCCCGACGUCGCUACGAGACCCGAGAACCGACAUCGGGAAAGCGUACAGGAGGAUCAAAGCAGCGGGACUGGUACCGACUAUCACAACGAACAUAGUCAUCCGCGAUUCUCGAAAUGGCGCUACAUUGCAUUGGGAUCAGCAUCGAUCUAUCAGUGUAUUGGAAGCUCGUCGGACGCAAGGAUACAUGGAUGAGGAGCCCAUCAUUGGUUCGCUUCCGGAGCAGUACAAGAUCGUGGGCAAUGGCGUGGACCGUAAGGUUGCUUUUGCCAUGGGUCUGUCUCUACUACAGGCCGUCCAGAAGAACGAGUUGGGGUUUACUGCGAACGGAACGACGCAGAACUCCGCUGAGAUUGUGGACGUUACUAGCGAUACCGAAACAGCCCACGUUGAGACGAGUGUUAAGAAGCCCAGACCUCAGUCUAAAGCCCAAGAUAUGUCGCCUUCUCAGAAGGAACAUCGCCGCAGGAGUUCCGGACCGGUGGUGGUGAUACCUGGACGACGGCAAACCGAUGGCGCUACUUCGACUGUGAACAGUACUCCGGGGCCGCCUAGGAGGAAUGCGAGCAUGCCCAAUGGCGCAACUAGCAAAACUUCACAGACUCCACCUAUCUCACAACCCAAUGCCUCGGUUGCCCAGACCACCGGCUUCUUCUCUCGACUUUCCAAAUCUCUCGCUGCUGGCGUCGGUCGACUCUCCUUGUCGAGUAUGUCAUCUUCCUCCUCUACCCCGACUUCCGCACCAAUCCCCGCGGUGAAACGCAGUCGCGAAGAGGACGAAGACCCUUUCGCCCCAGAAAGCCAGAGCCGCACAUCAAGAGAGCGACCCAGGAAACAACCCCGAGUCAGCGCAACGCCAUCGGCACAAGACGGGAUCAAACUUGAAACAGAACCUAGAAGGAGGAAGUCUGUGUUCUCGCAUCGAAGCGGCAGUGUGAGUUCGACGAGCUCGAGUAAGACUCGUUAUACUCGUCAUUCGGGGUUGUCGGUGGAGUAUGUGCCGAAGAAUUGGAAUAAGAGGGUUGAGGUUGAGACAAGAGGGGUGGUCUUUGAAGAGCAUCAGCAGAACCAGGAGAUGAAGCUUACCGAACUAACGGAAAUCGAGCUGCCAGCGGCGUACGAUGCUCAUGUCCAUCUUCGCGAUGGCGAGAUGUCGCAGCUCGUUACGCCUACGAUUCGUAAGGGUGGUGUGAAUCAGGUGUAUGUUAUGCCGAACCUGGUCCCGCCUAUCACAUCCGUGAAGCAAUGUCUCGAGUACCGCGACAGACUUCGUGCUAUUGAGCCGAAUGUGGAUUACGUCAUGUCGUUGUAUCUUCACGAGGAUAUCACGCCGGAGGUUAUUCGUGAGGCGAAGAAAGCGGGGAUUACGGGUGUGAAGUCGUAUCCUGCUGGAGUUACUACGAACUCCUCCUCAGGCGUCCUCUCCUACGAACCCUUCUACCCCGUCUUCGCCGAAAUGGAAAAACAAAACAUGGUCCUCAACCUGCACGGCGAAGUCCCCUCCACACCCCCCAACACCCACGUAACAACAACCAAAGACACAAAAACAGGCGCCAUAACCAUCCUCAACGCCGAACCCGCCUUCCUCCCCACCUUCCUGCUCCUCCACGCCAAGUUCCCCUCUCUCCGCAUCAUCCUCGAGCACUGCAGCACAUCCGCCGCCCUCUCCGCCGUCCGCUCCUGCGGCCCCUCCGUCAGCGGCACAAUCACCGCGCACCACCUCAGCCUCAUCAUCGAUGACUGGGCAGGCGACCCCUUUUGUUUCUGCAAGCCUGUUGCGAAGACGCCUGAGGAUCGGGAUGCGUUGCUCCGCGCGGUGGUGCAGGGGAAUGGGAAGUUUUUCCUGGGGACGGAUUCUGCGCCGCAUCCGAGGGGGAAGAAGAGGGGGGAGGAUAAGGUUGCUGCGGGGGUUUUUACGCAGCCGUAUGCGGUGGGUUAUGUGCUUGAUGCGUUGGAGGUGGGGGUUAUGAGGGGGGUUAUUGGGGAGGAGGAGGUGACGAAGGAGGUGCUGGAGGGGUUCUUUGGGGGGUGGGGGAGGGGGUUUUAUCAGAUUGUGGAUGAGAAGAUGGAGAGGAUUGUGUUGAGGAAGGGGAAGGAGACGGUUGUGGAUGUGUUGAGGAAGGAGGGUGGGGGCGAGUGUGAGGUCGUGCCGUUUAGGAAGGGGGAGGUUACUUGGGGAGUGGAGUGGAAGUGA